UUGGGGCGUCUUUCCGUCGACCAGGUGGUUACUUCGCGGUGACCGAUCGUCCGUCGGUGUAUUGUCUUUUUUCACAUCUCCGUGCGGACAUGUCGGAAAAGAAACCGGCCUUGAAGACCGGCGGCUCUCCGCAGAGCCGCUUCCAGGUAGAUCUGGUGACCGAGGCGGCGUCCACCGCGGCUGGGGAGAGAGCGGCGCAGGCCUCCGCCGAUGGAUCCAAAGCUGCAGAGGAGUCCAAAAGCCGGUUCAGGGUGGUCGGCUUCCUGGACCCGGGCGGGCUGGGGAGCGCCACGGACAUCGGCCUCCCGCCGGACGUGUCCGGGGACACGGUGAAGAGCGACUCGGUCAGCCUCCACUCCACAGGCACCGGGCAGACGCACAUCUCCGACUCCCACUCCAACACCUACUACAUGCGCACCUUCGGACACAACACCAUCGACGCCGUGCCGAACAUCGACUUCUACCGGCAGACCGCUGCGCCCCUCGGGGAGAAGCUGACCAGACCGUCGCUGUCGGAGCUGCAUGAUGAGCUGGAUAAAGAGCCGUUUGAGGAGGGCCUGGCCAAUGGCGAGGAGCCUUCAGCGGCGGAGGAGGCGGCGGCUCUGGCGGCCAAGGAGGCGAAAGGAGGGAGCGUCAAGUUCGGCUGGGUCAAAGGAGUCCUGAUCAGAUGCAUGCUGAACAUCUGGGGUGUGAUGCUCUUCAUCAGGAUGUCCUGGAUUGUAGGACAGGCUGGCAUCGGGCUGACCAUUGCGAUCAUCAUGAUGGCGACUGUGGUCACCACCAUAACGGGUCUGUCCACCUCGGCCAUCGCAACCAACGGCUUCGUACGAGGAGGGGGGGCGUACUACCUGAUCUCCAGGAGCCUGGGGCCCGAGUUCGGAGGCUCUAUCGGUCUCAUCUUCGCCUUCGCCAACGCUGUGGCCGUGGCCAUGUAUGUGGUCGGCUUCGCUGAGACCGUCGUCGAGCUGCUCAACGAUGUUGACGCCCUGAUGACUGACGAGGUGAACGACAUUCGUAUCGUCGGCACUCUGACCGUCAUCCUGCUGCUGGGCAUCUCUGUGGCCGGGAUGGAGUGGGAGGCCAAGGCUCAGAUUGUGCUGCUCAUCAUCCUGCUGGCAGCCAUCGCAAACUACUUCAUAGGAACCUUCCUCCCCAUGGAGAGCAAGGAGCCCAAAGGAUUCUUCGGCUACCACACGGCGAUCCUGCUCGAGAACCUGGGUCCAGACUUCAGAGACGGCGAGACGUUCUUCUCCAUGUUCGCCAUUUUCUUCCCAGCAGCCACUGGGAUCCUGGCAGGGGCGAACAUCUCUGGUGACCUCGCUGAUCCUCAGUCUGCCAUCCCUAAAGGAACGCUGCUGGCCAUCCUCAUCACAGGAAUCAGCUACGUGGCUGUCACCAUUUCCACAGGAGCCUGCAUCGUGCGGGACGCCACCGGCGACCACAACGACACGGUGAGCGACACGGUGAACUGCACGGACGCAGCGUGCAUGCUGGGAUACGACUUCUCCAUCUGCAAGGAGGGAGGCUGCCAGUUCGGCCUGAUGAACAACUUCCAGGUCAUGAGCCUGGUGUCGGGUUUUGGUCCUCUGAUCACUGCUGGGAUCUUCUCGGCCACUCUGUCCUCAGCUCUGGCCUCGCUGGUCAGCGCUCCCAAAGUCUUCCAGGCUCUGUGCAAAGACAACAUCUACCCCGGGCUGGGCGUGUUUGCAAAGGGUUAUGGGAAAAACAACGAGCCUCUCCGCGGUUACGUCCUGACCUUCUGCAUCGGCCUCGCCUUCAUCCUCAUUGGCGAGUUGAACAUCAUCGCUCCCAUCAUCUCCAACUUCUUCCUGGCCUCCUACGCGCUCAUCAACUUCUCCGUCUUCCACGCCUCCCUGGCCAACUCUCCAGGGUGGCGUCCCAGCUUCAAGUACUACAACAAGUGGGUGUCGCUGGCGGGGGCCAUCCUGUGCUGCGUGGUGAUGUUCGUGAUCAACUGGUGGGCGGCGCUGGUCACCCUGCUCAUCGUGCUCGCGCUCUACAUCUACGUCAGCUACAAGAAACCUGAUGUGAACUGGGGCUCGUCGACUCAGGCUCUGAUGUACAACCAGGCUCUGACCCACUGCCUGCACCUCACCGGCGUCGAGGACCACGUGAAAAACUUCAGGCCGCAGUGUUUGGUGCUGACUGGGUUUCCGAACUCCCGUCCCGCUCUGCUCCAUCUGGUCCACUCCUUCACCAAGAACGUGGGCCUCAUGGUCUGCGGCCACGUCAGAACGGUUUCCCGCAGGCCGAACUUCAAGGAGCUGGCGCAGGACCACGCCCGCUGCCAGCGCUGGCUUCACAAGAAACGCAUCAAGGCUUUUUACGCUCCGGUCAUCUCCGACAGCCUGAGGCACGGAGCUCAGUUCCUCCUGCAGGCCACAGGGCUGGGCCGCCUGAAGCCCAACACGCUGGUGAUGGGUUUCAAAAACAGCUGGAGCGACGGAGAGAUGAGAGACGUGGAGAUCUACAUCAACACCAUACACGACGCCUUCGACCUGCAGUUCGGCGUGGUGAUCCUCCGGCUGCAGGACGGACUGGACAUCUCACACAUCCAGGGACAAGAUGAGCUGCUGUCAUCACAGGACAAACCAGCAGGGGGCGUUAAGGACGUGGUGGUUCAUGUCAGCCUGGCUAAAGACUCUGACUCUGACUCCUGUCCCUCGAAAACCACCAGCAACCAGAGCAGCCCGCUCAUCCUGAGAGACACCAAGUCUCCUCUGAGUCUGACGGACCAGCGGCUGCUGGAGACCAGCCAGCAGUUCAAGAAGAGGCAAGGCAAAGGAACCAUCGACGUCUGGUGGCUGUUUGAUGACGGAGGCCUGACUCUGCUGAUCCCCUACCUGCUGACCAAUAAGAAGAAGUGGGGCGACUGCAGGAUCCGCGUCUUCAUUGGUGGGAAAAUCAACCGCAUCGACCACGACCGCCGAGCGAUGGCCACUCUGCUGAGCCGCUUCAGGAUCGACUUCUCUGACAUCAACGUCCUGGGAGACAUCAACACCAAACCCAAGAAACACAAUAAGCUGAGCUUCAAGGAGCUGAUCGAGCCGUACCGGCUGAAGGAGGACGACAUGGAGCAGGAGGCGGCUGAGCGGCUCAAGGCCCAGGAGCCGUGGAGGAUCACCGACAAUGAGCUGGAGCUCUACAAGGCCAAGACGAACCGUCAGAUCCGGCUGAACGAGCUGCUGAAGGAGCACUCCAGCACCGCCAAGCUCAUCGUCAUGAGCAUGCCGUUGGCCAGGAAGGGCACGGUGUCUAGCGCCCUCUACAUGUGCUGGCUGGAAACGCUGUCCAAGGAUCUGCCUCCUGUGCUGCUGGUCCGAGGAAACCACCAGAGCGUCCUCACCUUCUACUCCUAACACACACACACACACACACACACACGCACACACACACACACACAUGCACACACGCACACACACAAGCAUGAAUGUAAAAAUGCUCACAAGUACACGCACGUUUACAUACCCUCUAAAUUACACACACACACACACACACACACACACACACACACACACUUGAGACCGCAUGCACAUGCCUGUACGCCACACACACUUCCCAUGGUGUGUGUGUGUGUGUGUGUGUGUGUUUCCAUGUGUACAUAUGACCGUGUCACACAUAACUGCAGCUGUACAGAGCGAGAACAGAAACUCACUUCUAACUCUUUCUGCUGCAGAUCGGAUUCUUACGGCUCUUCUUCUUUUAGAAAAUAAUAAUAAUAGAAUAAAAUAAAACCAGAAUCAGAAAUAGUUUAUUGAUCCCUGAGGGGGAAACGGGUUCCGUGUUGUACAGAACAUGUUUUGGCACUUCCAUGUGUCAGCGCUUUGACCCUCGAACACAUGAGAACAUCUGAGGCUCCCAUUUCGCCUACAAGGUGAACGGCCAAUCACAGCCCGGCUCUUUGUCAGAUCUCCGGCCAAUCAGAGUUUGUUUUUCUCUGCUACACACUAUGCCAUAAAAAAUAAUAAUAAAUAAAAUAAAAAGCAGGAUCAGGUGGUUGCUCCUUAUGAGAGAAGAUCUCAGCCACGAAGAGUGAAGAUCAGAUGUUCUGUCGUUCUGCUCC